AUGGGGGGUAAACCAAAAGCUGAGGUCAGUUUCCAGGCGUUUAACUCUUUCAUCAACAGUAAUGCUCUGAUUGAUAUUGGAUAUGAUGGAGUCCCAUGGACACGGUGGGGGAGGAGGUGGAAAAGAAGGUUUGUGUUUGAUAGGAGGUGGAUGUUAAAGGAGGAUAUAGGUAAGGUGAUUGGGGAGGCAUGGCAAGAGGAGCAAGCAGGGUCUAAGAUGUUUAGAGUGAAGUGCAAAAUUAAAAAUGUCAGAAUGAAUCUGUUUAGAUGGAGUAAGGCGAGUUGUUGCAAUGCUAGGAAACACAUAGAACAGGUGAGGGAGGAGAUUAGGAGGAUGAAGGAAGAUAAACCGAAUGGCUAUAGGAUUAAGCUGGCUAGUCUAAAAAGGGAGUUGGCUGAUGCCUACAGGAGGGAGGAGCUGUACUGGAGCCAGAAAGCAAGGGUGAGCUGGUUGAAGGAAGGGGAUAAGAAUACUAGGUUUUUUCAUGCAAAAGUGAUGCGGAGAAGGAAAGUGAACAAGAUUAAUGUUCUGAGGUAUAGAGGUGGGGAGUGGUGUAGGAAUGAGGAGGAAACCAAGCAGGAGAUCUUAGAUUACUUUCAGCAGAUUUUUACAACAGAGAGUCCACUGGAGUUCACGGAAAUCCUGCAAGGCAUCCCUCUGGCCAUAACAGAAGAGAUGAAUAGCAAGAUGAUCAGGAUAGUAACAGAACAGGAAAUUAGUCAGGCAGUCUUCUCAAUGCAUCCGAAUAAGUCUCCUGGACCAGAUGGGUUUACUUCUUUGAUUAAGCAGUCGAAUGACUCUGGGAAACUAACUGGGAUGAGGAUAGCUCGUGGGGCUCCUAGGUUGCCUCAUUUGUUUUUUGUUCCAGAAAAUGUUGAUCCUACUGGAAACUAUGCCGAUGAUAAUCAUACGUGUAGGGGUCACAUCCUGCAUCACAUGAAUGAUACUUUGUUCGAUCUUUGUCGAACCUAUGAGUCUGCUAGAUAA